AUGCCAAGAAGCUGGAUCUACCGAAUAGACCGUACCGCGCUAGAGUCUCACCUCGAAACUCUCAGGCUGGACACAACCGGGAACGUGGACGAUCUCCGCCGCCGCUUACGGGAAUACGCUAUCGCGCAUCCCGAAUAUCAGCCCGCAAACAUGCCGCCCCCGGAGGACCACGCCGAGAUCCGCAUCGAGAUACCGGACCCGCCACUCGCUGGCGGGGGACACGCGUCCGACGCCAAGCAAAUGAACCAGAUACGGAAGUGGGGAUGCCACUUCGAAGGGAAAGACCCCAUCGCGUUCCUUGAGCGGGUCGACGAACUACAGCGAGAGUACGGGUUCUCUGACGCACAGUUAUUGCGCGGUCUCCCCGAACUGCUGCGCGGGGAAGCGCUCCUGUGGUACCGCAACAAUCGCGACCCCUGGGACGACUGGCAGGCGUUCACCGGCGUAUUCCGGGAAUAUUACUUACCACGGCGAUACGUCGCCAAAUUAAAACGGGACAUUCAGGCGCGAAAACAAGGUACCGACGAGCCAUAUUGCAAGUACGCGACAGAGCUCCUCACCAUGAUGAGACGCGCCGGCGGGUACGAAAAGGAGGAGCAGCUCGACCUGCUGUACGAAAACCUCCAACCGCGGUACAAGUUAUACGUCCGCCGCGACGGCCUCCGCCGAACAACCGACCUGCUCCGUCAGGCGGAGGAGUUCGAGGAAAUCAGCGCGCAAUGUCGCGAUCGCGGCGUCGCCCCCAAGCCAACCGCCACCAACACCGCCGCGACCACGUACGACAAGAACGAAUGCUGCUGGCGUUGCAAGCAGCGCGGGCAUACCCGCAUCGACCAGCACGAGCUCGAGGUCCUCCUGGACUCGGGCUCAGAAGCCUUCUUCGUGAGCCCGGCUACCGCGAACCGCCUGCGACGCCGAGGGCGAGAGAUACGACCCGUCACCGGCCAGGUCUACGUGGCGGACGGGUCGAGCGUACCGAUUGGGGGAUGCAUCGUGCUACCGAUCGUCAUCGACAACCGAGCAAUUUCGCACGAGUUCCAAAUACUACCAGGACUCGACACCGACGUACUCUUCGGUGUCGAUAUCAUGGCUCGGGCACAAAUCGCCAUCCCGCCGCCACCGAAACACGCCGCAAGGGCACGCACUCCCCCGCACGCAACCCUCCCGAUACGACCCGCGGCAGAAGGGGAGGGAGAACAGGAACGCCUGCAAGCCUUCCUCGCCGAAGAACUCCCACGAUUCGAAGCCGUACACGGACCGACCGACCGCCUGCAACACACGAUACGUGUCAGAAAUCAUCCGCCGAUUAAGCAACGGUACCGCCCUCGGAAUCCGGCGAUGCAGGCCAUCAUCGACCGCGAGGUCGACGAAAUGCUCCGUAACGGAAUCAUCGAGCCGUCGCAAAGCGCGUGGAGCUCACCUAUCGUGAUCGUGAGGAAAAAAGACGGCAAACCACGCUUUUGCAUCGACUUCCGCAAGGUGAACGAUGUGACCGAACGCGACGCGUAUCCGCUGCCACAGAUCGCCGCGACGCUGGAUAAACUUCGCGGCGCGCAAUUCCUGACCACGCUCGACCUGGAGAGCGGCUACUGGCAGGUGCCGCUAGCACCGGAAAGCCGACCGAUUACCGCGUUCACAGUACCCGGACACGGACUAAUUCAGUUCCGCGUAAUGCCCUUCGGACUGCAUUCCGCGCCCGCCACGUUCCAACGGUUACUGGACGGCAUACUAGGCCCGAAGCUAGAACCUAGCGUGUUCGUCUACCUAGACGACAUUAUCGUUGUUAGCCGAACCUUCGACGAGCACCUCGACAUCCUGCGAGAAGUCUUUUCGCGACUAAGGUCCGACCGACUCCGGCUUAACCCCGCGAAAUGCCGGUUCUGUACGACAACAAUCAAGUAUCUCGGACACGUCGUGGAUCGCGAGGGCAUACGAACCGACCCGGAAAAGACCAACACGAUCGUGGAAUGGCCGGUACCGCACACCGUGCGGCAAGUACGCCAAUUCCUCGGCAUCGCCUCGUGGUACCGACGAUUCAUACGCGACUUCGCGACCCUCGCCGCCCCGCUAACCGCACUCACUCGCAAAAACGCCGCCUGGAGGUGGGGAACCUCGGAGCAGGAGGCAUUUGACGCCCUGAAGAGAACGCUCACGACCGCGCCGGUAUUGGCCUGCCCGGAUUUCGAGAGACAAUUCGUCUUACAAACGGACGCGAGUACGACCGGCCUGGGGGCCGUACUAACACAAUACUUCCCCGAGGGCGAGCGCGUGAUCGCAUAUGCCAGUCGUACCCUGAAUUCCGCCGAACGAAACUACAGCGCGACGGAGCUGGAGUGUCUCGCGAUACUGUGGGGAAUACGCCGAAUGAGGGACUACCUCCAGGGCUAUCGCUUUAAGGUCAUGACUGACCACCAGUCACUACGCUGGCUACAAAAACUCGAUUCGCCCACCGGCCGACUCGGACGGUGGGCAUUCGAGUUACGCCAAUACGACUUCGACGUUCAGUACCGCAAAGGAGCGUUGAACAAGGUAGCCGAUGCUUUGUCCCGCCGACACGCCGUCAACGUCAUCGCGGAGCCCCGAUGCCCGUGGUACCGGAAAUGGUGGGGAACCGCACGCGACACGCCGCACGACGCUCCCGACUUCCGCAUCGAAGACGGGAAAUUGUACAAACACGUGCUACAUACCCUCGACUUGUCCGAAACGCCGAGCGACGCACAAUGGAAAGAGUGCGUCCCCCGCGAAGGACGCACCGAGAUCUUGCGGCGGUAUCACGACGCGCCGACCGCCGGAUAUCUCGGGAUCGCCAAGACCAUCUCGCGCAUCGCCGCACAGUAUCACUGGCCCGGCAUGUUCCGCGACAUAGCCCAAUACGUGCGGCAGUGCGAGACAUGCCUGGCUCACAAAGCGGAGCAGCGGACUGCUCCACCCGACCGUAAUUACGCGACCGUGGCAACAAGUUGCCAUCGACCUCAUAGGACCGUUACCGCGAUCCUCCCGGGACCACACGUGGCUCCUCACUAUGCAAGACCGGUUCACCAAAUGGCUCGAGAUGCGUGCUUUCCGCCGCGCUACCGCACAGUACGUAACAGCCGCCCUCACGGAAGCUAUCGUGCUCCGCCACGGAUGUCCCGAAGAAAUCCUCUCCGACAACGGGACCCAGCUGCGUUCAGCCUCACUGACCCAGCUUCUGCAGAAACUGCAGAUCCGCCACCAAUUGACGCCGGCGUACGCCCCGCACUGUAA